UGUUUUCCAUUGCAACGAGCGGAACAAGAAGUCAGCCUCGUCUCUCAACUCAAUCGCCAGUCUCUCUCCAAUUCUCACUCCCUCAAAGCUAUCGACAAACACAAACCUUCCACUCGAAGCACAAGACAAACAAGAAAAAACCAAGCAAAAGCCUGGAGCAAGAAAUAACAAAAAAUGUCCAGCGUCAAGGUCGUCGUGCGCGCAAGACCGCUCAAUGCACGCGAGCGAGACCUCAAUUCGCGCAUUGUCAUUGAGUUUGCUGCAAACCAAGUCCGAAUCGUAAACCCGGCGCCCAGGAACGAGCAUGAGCGAAAGCCAAAGUACUUUACAUUCGACAAGUGCUACUGGUCCGUCCAGCCGCAAGACCCGGCGUUCAUGACGCAGCAGGCAGUCUACGACGACAUUGGCCGCGACGUGCUGGACAACGCGUUCGCCGGCUACAACGCGUGCAUUAUGGCCUACGGACAGACCGGCGCAGGCAAGACAUUCUCCAUGAUGGGCGACACGGAUGAGCCCGGUAUUGUGCCGCGCCUGUGCCGCGACAUGUUUAGCCGAAUGAUUCAAAACUCGGUUCGCGACGAGAAUCUGAGCUACCGGGUCGAGGUGUGCUACAUUGAAAUCUACAACGAAACUGUGCGUGAUUUGCUCGGUACAAACACGACAAUGACGCGACGCGUGCGCGAACAUCCCGUGCUUGGUCCUUACGUUGAGGACGUGGCUCGGCACGUCGUCACCAGCUAUGCGGACAUUGAACGCCUGCUUGCGCAAGGCAAUCAGCAUCGGACCACCGGAGCAACCCGCAUGAACGAGCAGAGCAGUCGCUCGCACGCCAUCUUCACCAUCGCCUUCACACAGACGCGGUUUUCGGGCGAUGUCGACACUGCGUUUGAAACGGUUAGCAAGGUCAAUCUUGUGGAUUUGGCCGGCAGCGAGCGGGCGAAAGCGUCGCUCGCCACGGGCGCUCGUCUAAAAGAGGGCGCCAACAUUAACAAGUCGCUCACCACACUCGGCACUGUGAUUUCAGCGCUCGGCGAGAAAGGCGGCGCCCAAAACGACGCCUUUAUUCCCUAUCGCGACUCAAUUCUCACCUGGCUUCUCAAGGACAGUCUCGGUGGCAAUUCCAAAACCGUCAUUUUAGCAGCCAUUUCUCCUGCCAGUCAUAAUUUCGAAGAGACUGUAAGCACUUUGCGCUAUGCAAGUAGUGCCAAGAAGAUUAUCAACCACGCUGUUGUCAACGAGGACGCGAAUCUGAGGCUCAUCCGUGAACUCCGAGCCGAAAUUGCAUUGCUGAAAAAUGCCCUGGGGUCAACAGGCCAGCACGGAGCGUUUGAUUCCGCCAGCGCAGCUGCAGCGCUAUCCUCUCCAGCUGCCAUAGCUGCGGCAGCUGCGGCGACAACCACUGCUGCAAGUGCGCCGCCAACACCGCUGCUCAAGAAGAUUGCUCGUUCAGAAGCCUUGGUGGCGGAAAUGACUACCUCCUGGCAGGAUCGCCUCAGCCGGACUGAAAAGGUUCUGGUCGAUCGCGAUCUUGCCGUGAAAGAGUACGGCUUGGCCUUGCGGGUAGAAUCUGAAGCACCGCACUUUGUCAGCUUGAAUGACAACCCGCUUUCGACCGGAGUCACCUUGUACACGCUCUCCCCGGGAAUCACUCACGUUCGGUGGGGCGCCAUGCGCGUAAGAUCCUCAUCAGCCGCCGUUACUUCGGGUACGCCGUCCUCUGGGGACGACGUGCCGGCAGAAGACGCCCUCUUCCCCUCCGACAUGCCUCAAAACCCGGAAGGAAUGAAUCCUGCAGCUGUAAUUCUUCUGGACGGUGUAGGGAUUGAUCGCGACCACUGCUAUAUUGCUGCUGAGACGGACACGGUGACGCUCCAUCCGGUCUCUGAAAUGUGUUUUGUCAACGGCAACCAGGUGACUGAGCCCACCGAGCUGCACCAAGGUGACACUGUCGAACUCGGCGAGUCUUACUUAUGGCGGUUUAACAACCCAAUCGAAGCCGCUAAACUCAAAAAGACUGGCGCUUUACGCCCGACUGUGCGGUCGCUCAUGUCUCCAAGGCGGGACAGCAGCCGAUCCCUUAGCGGCAAUCUUCCUGCUUUGGCAGCGUCCAGCGCCUCCGUCAGCGGUAGCUCGCAGCCAAACUCGCCAGGCCCUCAGUCGUCAGUUUUGGGAUUGCAAAGCCCCGCCUCUUCAAUCCCUGAACCAUCCACACCAAGCAAGCCAGCAGUUUCAGUUCAGCACGCGAGUACCUCUCCGAUGCGCGACGCUGCUUCUUCUUCUGCUUCUUCUUUGACCUCCGCGGUUGGAGCUGAACAAGCACCUCAAGCACUGCCUCAGAUCGACUUUUCUCCGUCCGAACCAGGCGACUUUGAGCUGGAGGCGGAGCGGCAUCGCAACCCAAACUACUUGCCUCCAAUGCCAUUCGACGAGGCUGGAAGCUUGUUUCCGACCAUUUCGGCAGAGCUCAUUCGACGAGCUCGCGCCGAGUCGAUGCUCGAUUUGCCAAAGAGUACUACGACCGAUCGAGCGCGCGCCGACUCUGUGGUUGACCUGCAGCAGCACGCCGAGAGCACCGAGCACCUGAAUCUCAUGUCAUCUUCCUUUGGGGACGACAUGAAUUUGCUGGACGAAAGCCUGGAUCUCAUUGAUGAUGAUGAUGCCUUCUCGAAGGAGUUGGAGGAUGAAUUCGAAGAAGAGCCGUCAUCGACGAUCGAGGCGACGAAUGACAGUCCUGUUGUGCGUGAUGGAACGUCUUCCGCGUACACGGAGGGAGACACAACUCUACUUGGAGACGACGAGGUCUCGUUAGACGACGCCGACGAGCAGCACGAGCAGCUCGAGCAAGCCCAUGCCGAUGCCGAUGCCGAUGCCGAUGCCGAUGCCGAAGGGCAGCGCAGCCAGAGCUUGAGCAUGACCCUCGACGGCGAACUUGCGCCCGAGGUUGAAGGGAGCGUUGCCACAUCCGAUUCAUUACUCCUCAGCGACGAUCACAUGCUGAUAGAUGUUCAGCAGCCAUCGGGCGCGGAGGACGUCGUUUUGCCCUCCGGCGACGUGCAGGAUGUGGCUGUUUCGAGCCUUGCUGCUGCUGCUGCUGCUAUUAGUCGGCCGGAAGAGCUGCAAGUAUCCACUGAGACGGUCGACACGAACGUUCCAGCCCAACACCAUGACUUGCUCGACACCUCGUCGCUCAUCGAGCUUUUGCAUCAAGUAGAUGAAAGCUCGGUGUUGUCGCAGCACAUUGUCAAUACUACUGUCGCGGUCGAUGAGAGCGCCAGCGCACCUGCGGUGGCAUCUUCUGAACUCCCCGCGGACGCAGUCUUACCCUCAGCUACCGAUUCCACUGUCAGUCAGUUGGGCACCAGUCAUCAAAACACCAGUGCAGCCCCAGAGUUGGAUGGCGAACCUGUGCUAGCUGAGGAGGUUGAUUCGCUGGCUGCCUCGACGCUCACAACUUCCGAGGGUCAUGCUCCACCCACCGUCGAGCCAUCUGCGACUGCAGAACACGCAAACGACAUGAGCUCGAGCGACGUGGCCGAUCUCAUCCAAAACAAGAUCGAUGGAUUGUGUAGCCAACUGGCUGCAGAGCAAUCCGAUUUGCCGGCCGAUGAAGGCGAGCAACUGAUGCACGAAUUGGUGCAGCUUCGGUUUCGCCUGUUUGAAAUCCAGCAAGCUCAGGCAGAGGGCGGCUCACCAACAGACGACGGACUCCAAUCUCUGCCGCCACCGCUCACCCCCGCACAGCCAUCCUUUUCCCGCGUGUCAGAGUUGCAAGCCGUGACGCAGCAGCUCGAGGAUGCCAAAGCCCAGCUGGCCGCACUCGACCAGGCCCUCGCCUCUCCGACAGACCGGCGCAACUCUCGCGUUGCAGAGACCGAUCGCGCCUUGCUUGCGGAGAUGCUACACAAGCUAGAGCUGCGCCAGAGCAAACUAAAAGCCGAGCGAACGCUCGAACACGAGCAAAUCCUGCAGCUGACUCAAAAUCUGGAGCAGCGCGUUGGAGAGUUGCGGAAUCGAGGAGCUGCAUCAUCGUCGGCCGGGGUUGGUGCGACUUCCGCAGCAGCCUUGCUGGAGCGCCCACGUGCCGAUUCCGGAUCCCAUGCUGCGACAGCACCAGCAUCACCAGCACCAGCAUCCGCAACAGCAACAGUGUCUGCUUCCUCCAAAGAUGAGCAAGUUGUGGAAGCUGCUGCCAUCUCGGUCUUGGAGCGUUGCUCUGUCUACAUUUCCAUCCCGCAGGCAGUCGAGAAGAUCGAGGUCGGCAGCGACCACAAGGAAAGCCGUUUCCACUUUUACAUUGUUCGCAUUCGUGUUGGCGACAACGUCUGGGACUUGCAGCGCCGCUACUCGCAGUUUCGCGAGUUCCAUUUAGCCAUUCGUUCCAAAUUCCCGUCCGGCGUCAAGAUUAUGUUUCCGCCACGCAAAACCAUCGGCCACCGCAACCCCGACUUUGUCGAGAGGCGCCGCAUUCGGUUGGAGUCGUACCUUCGGUGCGCGAUUGCCGCCUUCCUGACCGAACCGCUGUCUCCCAUCGCCGACAAUCCCUCCAAGCAGACCAUGCAGGCGGAAAUCCCAUUUCUGCGACCAUGACCAAGAACUGAAAUGACCUCGGGUUGUUGGGUGCUUUUUGAUUGAAGAUAGGGGACGACACACAUUUCCCCAUACAGUACGGCAGAAAAAAAAAGUACAAUUCGAUAACUAUGAG